AUGAACUCCUCCGACAAGAAGCUCGGGCUGGACUCGGCCGACGCGCUCAUGGCGCAGGGCCCCCACGCGCUGCACAGCUACGUGGCCGACAAGGUGCAGGCUGCCAUGGGCAAGGCCAUGCCCCAAAUGGAGGUGCGCUUCAAGGACCUGUCCAUCUCCGCCAAGGUCUUCGCCUCCAGACACUCGGACCCCAAGUCCCAGCUGCCCACGCUCUACAACAGCGUCAAGAAGGCUGCCACUAGAGUCAACAAGGACAAGUACACGGCCGAGAAGACCAUCCUCAAGAGCGCCAGCGGCGUCUUCAAGCCCGGCACCAUCACGCUGCUGUUGGGCCAACCUGGAUCGGGCAAGUCGUCGCUCAUGAAGGUGCUGAGCGGCCGCUUCCCGCUCGAGAAGAACGUGACAAUCGACGGUGACAUCACGUACAACGGCGUCCCACAGGCCGACAUCAUGAAGCGGCUACCGCAGUUCGCCGCCUACGUGACACAACGAGACAAGCACUUCCCCACACUGACCGUGAAGGAGACGCUCGAAUUCGCCCACGCCUUCUGCGGUGGAGGGAUCUCCAAGCGUGGAGAGGAGCUGCUGUCGAGAGGCACCCCUGAGGCCACUGCGGAAGCGCUCGACGCCAUCAAGGCUCUCUACGCGCACUACCCAGAGGUCAUCGUGAAGCAGCUGGGGCUUGAAAACUGCAAGGACACCAUCGUGGGCAACGCCAUGCUGCGUGGUGUGUCCGGAGGCGAACGCAAACGCGUGACCACGGGCGAGAUGGAGUUCGGUAUGAAGUACAUGACGCUCAUGGACGAGAUCAGUACGGGCCUGGACAGCGCCGCCACCUUCGAUAUCAUUAGCACUCAGCGUGGAAUCGCCAAGACCCUGCAGAAGACGGUGGUCAUCGCUCUGCUGCAGCCUUCGCCCGAGGUAUUCGAGCUGUUCGACGACGUGAUGAUCCUGAACGACGGUGAAGUCAUGUACCACGGCCCUCGCGACAAAGCUGUGCCGUUCUUUGAGAGUCUAGGAUUCAAGUGUCCUCCUGAUCGAGACGAAGCUGACUUCCUUUUGGAUCUGGGCACCAACCAGCAGUACGGCUACGAAGUGGAGCUGCCUGCAGGUAUGACGCACCACCCGCGUCUAGCGAGUGAGUUCGCAGAGAUUUUCCGGCGUUCCUCGAUUCACCAAAGAAUGCUCCAGGCAUUGGAAGUUCCUCACGAUCCUGAGCUUCUUGAGAACGUUGGCGCACACAUGGACCCGAUGCCCGAGUUCCGUCGUGGAUUCUGGGAGAACACCCGGACUCUCAUGAAGCGGCAAACGAUGGUUACUCUCCGCAACACUGCGUUCAUCAAGGGCCGCUGCAUUAUGGUGGUGCUGAUGGGGCUCAUCUACUCGAGCACCUUUUGGCAAGUCGACCCCACCAAUGUCCAAGUGGCGCUAGGUAUCAUGUUCCAAGCCGUCCUAUUCCUCGCUCUGGGGCAGGUUUCCCAGAUCCCGACGUUCAUGGCGGCCCGAGACGUGUUCUACAAGCAACGCGGAGCCAACUUCUUCCCGACGUCGGCGUAUGUCCUCGCGUGCUCUGUCGCCCAAGUCCCGAUGGCCGUCGCCGAGAGCAUCAUCUUUGGCUCGAUGGUCUACUGGAUGUGCGGCUUCGUUUCCACGGCUGGCGCCUUCAUCUGCUACAUGAUCCUGCUCAUCCUGACGAACCUUGUCUUCUCGUCGUGGUUCUUCUUGCUGACAGCAAUGUCUCCGGACUUCCACAUUGCCAAGCCGUUUGCUACCUUCACCGUGGUGUUCUUUAUCCUGUUCGCUGGCUUUGUCAUGGCCAAGAGCACCAUGCCAGGCUGGUUUGAAUGGAUCUAUUGGAUUAACCCGAUCGCUUGGUGUCUUCGCGGUCUCGCUGUGAACCAGUACCGUGCUGCCAAGUUCGACGUCUGCAUCUACGAGGGUGUCGACUACUGCAGCAAGUACGAAAUGAACAUGGGCGAGUACUAUCUGUCACAGUACGAUGUGCCGUCCUCGAAGGUGUGGGUGUGGGCCGCCAUGCUGUUCAUGAUCGCCUGCUACGCGCUCUUCAUGGCUCUGGGGUGGUACGUGCUUGAAUACCACCGCUUCGAGAGCCCCGAGCACACGAUCAUCAAGGACAAGGACGAAGAAGCGGACGGAAGCUACGCACUGGCAGCAACUCCCAAGGGAUCCAGCACCAGCUCGGCGGCUCGAGCGGUUGCUUUGGACAUCGGGCGCGAAAAGAACUUCACGCCGGUGACCAUCGCAUUCCAGGAUUUGUGGUACUCGGUGCCGCACCCGAAGAACCCGAAGGAGUCGCUCGAUCUACUGAAGGGUAUCAGCGGAUUCGCCAAGCCUGGUACCAUGACGGCUUUGAUGGGAUCCUCGGGCGCAGGCAAGACGACGCUCAUGGACGUGAUCGCGGGUCGUAAGACUGGCGGCAAAAUUCAGGGGAAGAUUUUGUUUAACGGCUACGAGGCCACGGACUUGGCCAUCCGACGAUGCACGGGCUACUGCGAGCAGAUGGACAUCCACUCGGAUGCGACGACGUUCCGCGAGGCCUUCACGUUCAGCGCCUUCCUUCGUCAAGACAGCAGCAUCCCGGACAGCAAGAAGUUCGACUCGGUGGAAGAGGUGCUGGACCUGCUGGACAUGCACGACAUCGCAGACCAAAUUGUGCGCGGCAGCUCGGUGGAGCAGAUGAAGCGGCUGACGAUCGGCGUGGAGCUUGCCGCCCAGCCAAGCGUGCUGUUCCUGGACGAACCGACCAGCGGCUUGGAUGCACGCUCGGCCAAGCUGAUCAUGGAUGGAGUUCGAAAGGUGGCCGACAGCGGACGGACCAUUGUAUGCACGAUCCACCAGCCGUCGUCCGAUGUGUUCUACCUGUUCGACCACUUGCUGUUGCUGAAGCGCGGCGGUGAGACGGUUUUCGUCGGUGAACUGGGCGAGAAGUGCCGCAAACUGGUGGAGUACUUCGAGGACAUCCCGGGUGUUGCGCCGCUGCCGGAACGGUACAACCCUGCCACAUGGAUGCUCGAGUGCAUUGGCGCCGGAGUCAACAACGGCGGUCACAACACGAUGGACUUCGUCGAAUACUUCAAGAACAGCGAGGAGAAGCGCGUUCUGGACAACGAGAUGGCUCAGGAGGGUGUGACCGUCCCCGCUCCCAACCUCCCGGAGAUGAUCUUCCAGAGGAAGCGCGCCGCGAGCUCGUGGACGCAGGCCAAGUUCUUGACGAUGCGCUUCAUGCGAAUGUACUGGCGCACGCCCACGUACAACAUGACGCGCUUCGUGAUCGGCCUGUUCCUCGCGUUGCUCUUUGGACUAACGUAUGUGGACGUGGAGUACGUGAGCUACCAGGGGAUCAACGGCGGUGUGGGUAUGGUGUUCAUGACGACGCUUUUCAACGGCGUCGUCUCGUUCAACGGCGUGCUGCCCAUUGCCUCCGGUGACCGCGCAGCUUUCUACCGGGAGCGUGCAAGUCAGACUUACAGUGCACUCUGGUACUUCGUGGGCUCGACGAUCGCUGAGAUCCCGUAUGUCUUCUUCGGCUGCUUGAUCUUCACGGUCAUCUUCUUCCCGUUGGUCGGCUUCACUGGGUUUGGUACGGGAGUGCUCUACUGGAUCAACGUCUCGCUGCUGGUGCUCAUGCAGACGUACAUGGGGCAGCUCUUCGUCUACGCGCUGCCAAGUGUUGAAGUCUCCGCGAUCAUCGGCGUGCUCGUGAACUCGAUUUUCUUCUUGUUCAUGGGCUUCAACCCGCCGGCGGAAUCCAUCCCCGAGGGCUACCGCUGGCUGUACGCGAUCACACCGCAGAAGUAUUCACUCGCGAUUCUCGAGGCGCUCGUGUUCACCGACUGUCCGAACGAACCGACCUGGAACAGCACGCUCGGCGCGUACGAGAACGUGGGCUCGGAGCUCGGGUGCCAACCGGUGACGGGCCUGCCGCUCACGAUCGACCACAUCACCGUCAAGGGCUACGUCGAGUCGGUCUUCGAGAUGAAGCACGACGACAUCUGGAGCAACUUCGGCUACGUCUUCUUGUUCAUCGGCAUCCUGCGGCUACUGGCCUUGCUGUCGCUGCGCUACAUCAACCACCAGAAGAGAUAG